GAUUAUACUUGAUUCGAGUUCCUUGAGGUUUUGAACCAUUUUGAAUCAUACAGCAAGGCAGAAAACUCUCGAGUACAGCUUCGGAUCAUUUAAUAUUUUGUUCAUAAAGUCAUAGCUCAAUUUUUUGUAUAAAACAAUAAAGUAAUGAAUUUAUUAAUGAAGUACAGAUUUAAAGAAAUGUGUUUCUUUUACAUAAAAAGGUAGAAUGGACGUUCAAGGAUUAAUUAUGCGGUCAAUUUACUACACUUCUUGCACUGCUAAAGAAAGAAACUUCAAGAUCUGAUCAGACGAAAUAUUUGCCUCAUAAAAAAUUGUUAAUUGUUCCACGGAGUAAUAAUUUCUAGAGGACCUAUAUUUUUUUGUACAAGCAAUGGCGGUAGACGAGCAAGGCCAAGGCAGCAAUACUAAACAAGAGCAGGAAACUAAGUCAUCGAUACUUAUAACACUUACUACCUUUUACGACAGUGAGAAUGGUGCACUAAGUGCCAAAACUCCAACAACCACAAACGUAGUGAAAAUUGAUGGAGAUGACGUUAAUAAUCAAAAUUUAACUAUGCAGCCCUCAAAUAGCAAAACAUUCAUAGUAAGAAAUUUGUUAGUGUUAUCAUUCGGAAAUUUUUUGCUCUUUAUGGCUUUCGAUUCCUUAGCAAACCUUCAAAGCACUAUGAAUGGCCAAACUAGCGUCGGAGUUGUAUCUUUGGCUGUGAUUUACGGUACUUUAACGAUUUCCUCACUUUUUCUCCCAACAUUAGUCAUCAGAUGCUUAGGUUGCAAGAAAACUCUUGUAGUGUGUUUCGUAAGCUUUUGUCCUUACAUCUUAGCGAACUUCUACCCCGAUUGGUCCACAUUAAUACCAUCAGCUGCCCUCUGUGGUUUGGUAUCUGGUCCGUUAUGGGCCGCUAGAAAUACGUACAUCAAUGAAAUUAGCCACCGAUACGCCACACUUCAAGGUGCUUCAGCAACUGAUAUGAAUGCGUGGUUUUUCAGCAUAUCUGCCGCUUUUCAACAGAAUACUGAAAUCUGGGGAAAUAUGAUAUCCUAUUUUGUACUAAAAGAUGAGGAAGAAGAAGACAAUUCUUUGCCCAGUAGUGUUCUGAACGCCUGUGGAGCCGAUUUCUGCGAUGAGGUUGGGUUCAAAUUUAAUCCUAAUCUUCAUCCACCUCCUGAAGUGAAACGAUAUAUUCUGGUGACAAUUUAUGUGGCAUUAGGACUUACAGCAGCCUUUUUUGUUUCAUUUUUCUUGGAUUCUUUAGAUGCAGAACAGCUUUCUAUUCGCAGACAGCAAGAAUUUUCCCCAAAAUAUAUUUUAGCUACUUUUAAGCAAAUGCUAAGUAUUAAUCAGCUGCUUUUACUGCCUUUGUCUUUCUAUACAGGCCUUGUGGAUGGAUUUUAUAAUGGUGAUUACGCCAAGGCUUACGUUGCUUGCGCAUGGGGCGUACCACAUGUAGGAGUGGUAUCCAUUUGUUACGGGGUUGUCAGUGCCCUUGUGGAUAGCGCCAGUGGACCGUCUGUCAUGAUUUUAGGACGAGUGACUGUAUUUAUUCUGGCGGCUACAGCCCAUUUUUCAAUGUUCAUCUCCUUAACGUUUUGGGAACCCGAUCCAGAUAGGCCUAUUGGCUUCUUUCUCAUCGCAGGAGUGCAUGGAAUAGGAAAUGGAAUUUGGUUGUCACAACUUGUUGGUUUCUACGGUGUUCUCUUCAAAAAAAGCGAAGAAGCUGCGUUUUCCUGUUUCUACUUCAUGAAUGCCCUAGGAUUCGUUGUGGCAUACGCCUAUAGCCCGUAUCUUUGCACUCAUGUCAAAAUUAUCAUUCCACUAGUUAUAUUAAGUAUUGGACUGAUAUGCUACAUAGUGCUAGAAUUACGAAUAAUCUGGAAAUCAGAAACUUCUUAUAGUUUAAAAAAUAAUGAAUGAUGAUUUAAAAUACAUACUGGAUAACAAAAGUGAUAUCAUUUAUAAGUAUCUCAUUAUGCAUCAGUGGUUCCCACACGCUUUUAGUGUCACAUAUAUAUCGUUGCGAAUCAACGCAACUCACAUGCACUAAAUUGCUUUGGCUAAAAUGAGGAGAAAAUAUUUCUAGAAAAAAGCACUAUUUACUAAUAAUGUAAUAAUUAAUAACUAUACAUUAUUAUUAAAAUGUAAUCCGUAUUUAUAAAUUUAUUCAUGAUUACAAAUUAAUAUAUUAUAUUAAAUUACACAAUAAGAAAAAUAAUGCUUCAAUCCUCUUGCCCCACCAGAAAUUGUCUCUCGACUAGUUCUUUGGAAGCCCCUAACAUAUGUUGUUAAGUGUUAAACUUGUAUUUGACUGCUAGACAUCAUGAAAUUUUUAAUAAAUGCUGCUGCCUGUGUAAAUAAAGGUAAUUAGCGCUAAAUGCACCGAUAUUUGUAACAAUUUCUGUAGCCUGUGUAAAUAAAAAUAAUCAGAAACAA